AUGGGCACCCGCGGUCUUAUCGGCUACAUCCUCCGCAACAAACAGCGCAAGGCCAUGUACAACCACUGGGACUCCUAUCCCGAGGGCCAAGGCCACGACAUUGCCCAGUUCAUCUCCCGCCUUUCUCCCGAGCAGAGCAAAGAGAUGGCCGAGCGCGUGGAAAAGAUCGAGGCAAAUGAGAAUGCGAUCAUCCCCGAGGACAUCAAGAAGCGCUACCUGGCUUACGACGGUAUCUGGAAGUACGAUUUUCCUUACGGCGGUCCUGAGCACUGGUUCCACCCACGACAGCACGAAGGUCUCUCCGAAGACGCCAAGAGGAAAAAGAUUGAAGAGAGGAAGAAGCAGGCCGCAAAGUCGUUGGCGAUGAGAGCCAGCUUGGGUGACGACGACGGUCCGUUUGCGAUGUACGGGUCAAUGGACACUUGGUCCGAUGUGUUGGUGGGGGCACAGGGAGCAAGGGCGCUGCCAUUCAUUCAAGAAGGAAAGCUCAACCAUCUGAUUGACUCCAUCUCCUUCAUGGGGGAAAGCAUCUUUUGUGAAUGGGAAUACUUUAUCGAUUUCCACAAUGAAAAAUUGGAAGUAUGGGCCGGGAAGCUUCUUAGAGAGGUUUCUUUUGACACAUUGCGAGCGGAUCCGAACUAUAUGCUCAAGGGGGGCUGGAGUGACGAGAGCGACGAGGAAUAG